GCUAUAAGAAAAAAAUAUGAAGUCGUUUAUACAAUUCUUUUUUUUAUUUUCCAUAAUUUUAGCCGGUCUGUUUGUUUUAUCUGACGGUUUGUGCAAGAUUGUGUGCUGUCCGGUUGAUGUGGACGAAAAGAUGGACGACUUGUUCAAAAUCCCCGAUUUUCUGAUGGCAAAUGUAAGGUCGAAGUUAAAUGCUAAUUUUAUACAUAUCUAUGGAAUAUACGUAAUGGAAAUCCAAAACAAGAACAACCGUCGUCAUGCGGUUAACUUGAUCUUUGAAGAAGUGGCCAAAGAAGUGACGAAUCUGCUGGAAUGGUUCACCAGCAUGGUUAUCAAGAUGAUUCGGUUAAGAGACCUCACUGUUUCUUUGGAAAAAUUUCUGGAAGACAUCCAAUCGACUGUGUUUAAUCUAAACGCUUGCCUGAAGCAUCUGUAUGACAACGGAGCCAACGUCGCUCAAGCACUAAACAGGUACCUGUUGUUCAGUGACAUGAUCUUCGUAUACCGAGCCCAGUACGGCACAACAGGUUUUCAAAAACCAAAAAUAUUGGACUUGGUCAAGAAGAAGACGAACAGGGCUCGGCUCCAGGCUGGCGUUGAGGACGUACCACAAAAAUCGUACUUAGAUCUGUUGGACGAAGCUAAAACGAAAAUUGUUAGCUACACAGACUUCUACAGGCAAAGUUAUGGCUGCGGCUGGUUGAACACCGACCAACUAAAGUGGAAGAGCCUGAUAAAAUCCGUGACCGUUCAGAACUUGUUGUCUCCGAUAAGUGGCAAAACUCUUCAGCAGAGAUACAAAGAAACGGCCCCCGAGGUCGACUCGACCAAAGUAAUGGCGUUUUACGUGGAAGUCACCGAAACGCUUGCCAUGGUAAUGGCCAAAAAUACUUCUGACAUUAUUUUGCUGUUUGUCCACUACUUGCGGACAAUGAUUGUCAGUAGUCUGCUAAACAAUGCGACCAGACACGAACGUUUGAAAGCCGUAAACGUAGUCUUAGACGAUCAGAUAAAAGUAUUAAACUCAUUCCAACGCUUUAUGAAAUCCACGCUUCAUUUGGAAUGUCCGGACCAAUUAUUUUUAGAAGCUGCCGAGGCUCUCGAACCUAUUGUUGGAGUUGUCUAUGAAGUUCUGGAAAACCAAGUGUUGAAAAAUGAUUUACCCCGGAUCAUAAAUGUUGUGACCCGGUUGGCAGAUCAUUUGCAUUUUUCAGGUACAAAGAGGGAGCUCGACUUUGCCGUUACAGAAACUGGAACGAUUGAAAAUCUGGACAAAAUUAUAAAAGAUAUGAGGGUGGCUUCUUUGACAACUACAGAAAUUGGCAGAGUAAUGAUAAUUGAAAAAUAG